GGCCUGGGUGGGCUCCCGGGCAGCUGGGGCCAACGGGCCUGGUUUCUCCCACUCGGCGUCCUCCCCUACCACCUGGAGACAAAGGAGGCAGGGCAGGAUUGUCCUUGUCCCACAUCCGGAACCCUCGACCCGCGAGAGUCUGAGCCCCGCGGGUCUGGCCAAGGCGGGACCGCCAAAGCGCCAGUCCCCAGUCCCCGCCCCACGCUUCCCAGCCGUGAGAAACUCUGGUUGGCUUCCUUUCUGAUCAUACUUUGGUUGUAUCAUUUUGAAAAGUCUCGACCUCCUCCCGCCUGGCCCCAUGCCGAGAAAUAACUGAGGUUGAGUAUUUGGGGACCAGGGCCGCUUGGCAGCCACAGUCCCGACGUCCAGCUCACCACGGCAGGUCGGGCCCCACGGCCCGGGAGCACCGGGGAGAUGCGGAGCAGGAGCAAUUCCGGGGUCCGCUUGGACGGGUAUGCGCGGUUGGUGCAGCAAACCAUCCUGUGUUACCAGAAUCCUGUCACGGGGCUGCUGUCAGCCAGCCAUGAGCAGAAGGAUGCCUGGGUACGGGACAACAUCUAUAGCAUCCUGGCUGUAUGGGGCCUGGGCAUGGCCUACCGCAAGAAUGCCGACCGUGAUGAGGACAAGGCCAAGGCCUACGAGCUGGAACAGAACGUAGUGAAGCUGAUGCGAGGUCUUCUCCAGUGCAUGAUGCGACAGGUGAACAAAGUGGAGAAGUUCAAGCAUACUCAGAGUACCAAGGACAGCCUGCAUGCCAAAUACAACACUGCUACCUGCAGCACCGUGGUGGGCGAUGACCAGUGGGGCCACCUCCAGGUGGAUGCCACCUCUCUCUUCCUCCUGUUCCUGGCCCAGAUGACUGCUUCGGGCUUACGCAUCAUUUUCACCCUAGACGAGGUGGCCUUCAUCCAGAACCUUGUUUUUUACAUUGAAGCUGCAUAUAAAGUCGCUGAUUAUGGAAUGUGGGAGCGUGGAGAUAAGACUAAUCAGGGCAUUCCGGAAUUAAAUGCAAGCUCUGUAGGAAUGGCCAAGGCAGCUCUUGAGGCAAUUGAUGAGCUGGACCUUUUUGGAGCCCAUGGAGGACGCAAGUCAGUGAUCCAUGUCCUGCCUGAUGAGGUUGAGCACUGCCAGUCUAUUCUGUUCUCCAUGCUGCCGAGAGCAUCGACAUCUAAAGAGAUUGAUGCUGGACUUCUUUCCAUUAUUUCCUUCCCGGCCUUCGCAGUGGAAGAUGUAAACCUUGUGAAUGUGACCAAAAAUGAAAUCAUUUCCAAGCUCCAGGGGCGUUAUGGAUGCUGUCGCUUCCUUCGAGAUGGUUAUAAAACUCCAAGAGAGGACCCAAACCGAUUACAUUAUGAUCCUGCUGAACUCAAGCUGUUUGAAAACAUAGAAUGUGAGUGGCCUGUGUUCUGGACAUAUUUUAUAAUAGAAGGAGUCUUCAACAGUGAUGCUGUUCAGGUCCAAGAGUACCGAGAGGCUCUGGAAGGAAUAUUAAUCAGAGGCAAGAAUGGGAUCCACCUGAUGCCAGAACUCUAUGCUGUCCCGCCUAACAAGGUGGAUGAAGAGUACAAGAAUCCUCACACAGUGGACAGAGUUCCUCUGGGAAAGGUGCCUCAUCUGUGGGGCCAGUCCUUGUACAUCCUUAGCUCACUGUUGGCAGAGGGAUUCCUUGCCACUGGUGAAAUUGAUCCUUUAAAUAGAAGAUUUUCUACUUCAGUCAAACCUGAUGUUGUAGUUCAAGUUACUGUUUUGGCAGAAAACAGUCACAUUAAGGAGUUGUUGAGCAAACAUGGUAUAAAUGUUCAGAGCAUUGCAGACAUCCAUCCAAUUCGAGUACAGCCGGGACGAAUUCUUAGUCACAUAUAUGCCAAGCUUGGACGAAAUAAGAACAUGAAUUUGAGUGGGCGACCAUAUCGACACAUUGGUGUCCUUGGAACCUCUAAACUAUAUGUGAUUAGGAACCAAAUCUUUACCUUCACACCCCAGUUCACUGACCAGCAUCACUUCUACCUGGCCCUGGACAACGAGAUGAUCGUGGAGAUGCUGAGGAUCGAGCUGGCCUAUCUAUGCACCUGCUGGCGGAUGACGGGCAGACCCACGCUCACCUUCCCCAUCACUCACACUAUGCUCACAAAUGACGGCUCAGACAUUCAUUCUGCAGUGCUUUCUACAAUUAGAAAAUUAGAGGAUGGAUAUUUUGGCGGAGCUAGAGUAAAAUUAGGGAACCUUUCAGAAUUUCUCACCACGUCAUUCUACACGUAUCUGACCUUCCUGGAUCCAGACUGUGAGGAGAAGCUGUUUGAUGACGCCAGCGAAAGGAGCUUCAGUCCUGAUAGCGAUUCAGAUUUGGGAGGAUAUUUGGAAGACACCUGUAAUCAAGAAAGCCAAGAUGAACUGGACCAAUAUAUCAGUCAUCUUCUACAAAGUACAUCCUUGAGGUGCUAUCUGCCCCCUCUUUGUAAGAAGGCAGAAGACUGCCACGUUUUCAGUGCUGUACAUUCCACGCGGGACAUACUUUCUGUGAUGGCAAAAGCAAAGGGUUUGGAAAUUCCAUUUGUUUCCAUGACUCUGCCAACUAAAGUUCUAAGUGCCCAUCGUAAAUCAUUGAAUCUCGUUGAUUCUCCUCAACCACUCCUAAAAGAGGCUCCCAAAAGUGACUUCCAGUGGCCCAAAGAUGACCAUGGUGACGUGGACUGUGAAAAGCUGGUUGAGCAGCUGAAAGAUUGUGUGAACCUACAGGACCAGGCAGAUAUUCUGUACAUUCUUUAUGUUAUAAAGGGUCCCAGCUGGGACACAAAUCUCUCUGGACAGCAUGGGGUCACCGUUCACAAUCUUCUCAGUGAGCUCUAUGGGAAAGCUGGCUUAAACCAGGAAUGGGGUCUAAUCCGCUAUAUCUCAGGCCUGCUCAGGAAGAAAGUGGAGGUCCUGGCUGAGGCCUGCACGGACCUACUGUCCCACCAGAAGCAACUCACCGUUGGCCUGCCCCCCGAGCCCCGGGAGAAGACCAUCUCUGCGCCCCUUCCCCCCGAGGAGCUCACACAACUCAUCUACGAGGCCAGCGGGCAGGACAUCAGCAUUGCUGUCCUCACGCAGGAGAUUGUGGUUUACCUGGCCAUGUAUGUCAGGGCCCAGCCCAGCCUCUUUGUGGAGAUGCUGAGACUCCGAAUUGGACUGAUCAUUCAGGUGAUGGCCACAGAGCUGGCACGGAGUCUAAACUGUUCAGGAGAAGAAGCUUCUGAAAGCUUAAUGAACCUCAGCCCCUUCGAUAUGAAAAAUCUCCUGCACCAUAUUCUAAGUGGAAAGGAGUUUGGUGUCGAAAGAAGCAUGCGCCCUAUCCACUCCUCCACAUCCAGCCCUGCCAUCUCCAUCCAUGAGGUGGGACAUACAGGAGUCACCAAAACUGAGAGGAGUGGCAUUAACAGACUGAGGAGUGAGAUGAAACAGAUGACUAGGCGAUUUAGUGCUGAUGAACAGUUCUUUUCUGUGGGCCCAGCUGUGUCCAGCAGUAUGCAUUCCUGCAAGUCUGUGAGGUCCAGCACCCCAUCCUCACCCACUGGCACAUCAUCCACAGACUCAGGAGGAUAUCACAUCGGCUGGGGGGAGCGGCAGGGCCAGUGGCUACGCAGAAGAAGGCUGGAUGGAGCCAUCAACAGGGUCCCUGUGGGAUUCUACCAGAGGGUGUGGAAGAUCCUUCAGAAGUGCCACGGUCUCUCUAUUGAUGGUUACGUCCUCCCGUCCUCAACGACCCAAGAGAUGACCCCACAUGAGAUCAAGUUUGCUGUCCAUGUUGAGUCGGUGCUGAACCGUGUGCCGCAGCCGGAGUACCGGCAGCUGCUGGUGGAAGCCAUCAUGGUGUUGACACUGCUCUCAGACACAGAGAUGAACAGCAUCGGGGGCAUCAUCCACGUGGACCAGAUCGUGCAGAUGGCCAAUCAGCUGUUCCUGCAGGACCAGGUGUCACUUGGAGCCAUGGACACCCUGGAGAAAGAUCACGCUACGGGGAUUUGCCAUUUCUUUUAUGACAGUGCUCCAAGCGGGGCUUAUGGGACAAUGACCUACCUAACGAAAGCAGUGGCUUCUCACUUGCAGGAAUUGCUGCCCAAUUCAGGUUGCCAGAUGCAAUAGGGUCUCACCUGGAAAUGUGCCCAGCCUCACUGGGAACUUGCUUCUGUUCCCCAAGAGCCCCUGUGCUGUCACAAAAGCAUGUCCCAUCAGAACCACUCUCAGGGAGGAGAAGGCAGCACUUAACCUGAAACCGAUGUGUGUGAAAGCCACAGAUAGAGCUGAUGAAUCCUGUGCUCCCCCAAGGAGCACCCUGGGAUCAUUUUCUAGGUUCAUUUGACUGGAACAUUUGUCACAGCAUCUGGUCUCAUGGACUCUGAGGAGGAAUUGGAAAUUGGUCUCUUCUGAGUGCAGAGUGAACUGAGAAGCCAGCUUAAAUUGGCUCUUGCAGAGAGUUACAGAAAUAGGUUCGACGAGCUAGUGACACAUCUUAAAGAUGCAAAGAUCCUUCCAGCAGCAGUAGCUAGACAAGCGGACCUUGACAAGGGGAACAUCUUAACAGGAUGCAGUCUGUCUGUGUACCAAACUGUUUACCUAAUAGAAUAAUUGCACCUUUCUAUGGAA